AUGUUGUCUUUCACCUCGUCUUUGACCUUGUCGGAGAUCUUUUUGUCCCGUGCUGUGUGCAAUAGCGACCGCGGUCUUCUACAAAACGAACGUGGAGAAGAAGUUUACUCAUCUCAGCUUAAUGGCGGCAAUCAGUCGGUAGGGUACUACGGAGAGUCCAUCUCCAAGAGGAAAGGUCAAGAGCUGAAGUCUGCAUUGCACGCUGUUAUCUCGAAGCAUGUGCCACUGAGCUACCAAAGAGUUUGGGAGGCGCUAGAAGACAUCGAUGGAGGGCAGGAUGGUUGUCAACCCAACUCAGUAGCAGAUGUCUACACCGGAAAGUGCUGGAGGAUCUACACAGACAGAUGCGACAAAGUGAUCGAGCGAGAAAACUUCUGCUACAAUCGAGAGCAUGCCUGGCCAAAGUCGUGGUGGGGAGGCUUUGAGGAAGGAGGAGGUUCGUCAACAAGAAGAGAAGCAACUAUCCCCUGGCCGUUGUUGAAGGCAAACCUGUUUCACGGAGAUGAAACGAAAUUGAAACAAGUGCAGACGUUUCGUACACAACCAAGAGCGGUGGGAAAUUCGGCAAAUUCAGGCUUGUUGGACCAAGACAAAGAUGAUCGAAAAGUCCCGGGUACCGUGAAGUUUUUUAACAAAGAAAAAGGAUUCGGUUUUGCAACUUUGAAGGAUGGUCGUGAAGUCUACAUCCACCAGUCAAACAUCUUGGACAAUGUGAACCUCAGGAAAAUGGACAGUGUCAAACUGAAAGUGCUCAGCGGAACGAAAGGACUGUACGGAAAGGAAGUGAGAAGGGUUGAAGACAAAUGUUUCGAGCCACCAGAUCACGUGAAGGGAGACCUUGCACGAGCAUAUUUUUACGUCAGCGUGAGGUACGAAGGGGAGUUUCAAUGUUGCCAAAGGAGCCUGGUGAACAAAAACAAGAUAUCGAAGACAUACCAAGACAUGCUGAGGUCAUGGCACAAGAAAGAUCCUGUGAGUGAACGCGAGAAACAGAGGAAUGAAAAGAUUUACACAUGGCAGAAGAAUCGAAAUCCAUUCAUCGACAUGCCGGAGCUUGUCGACGCGAUCCCUGACUUUUGA